AUGGAUCACAUGGAUGGAACCGAUGCAGAAUCAGGAACCUCAUCUGAGCUUGAGGUUAGUCAAGCUUUGCGCCGAUUGGAGAUACAAUUAAGUUUGAAUGAGGACAGCUUUGAAGAUAUUGCUCCCUUCUGCAAUAAGCAAGAAACUACAAUCGAUUCAAACCCUCAGCACAAUAAAAGGGUGAUCAACAAUCAAGAGCAAUCUGCAGCUUUCUCUGAACCUGAUGAUCAAGGGCUAUUUUAUGAUGAAUAUAGGCAAGAGCAUCAUUCACAAUUAUCAUAA